UCCCUUGACACGCUGAUUGGGUAUUAUUUUAUACUUUUUUUCAAUAAGGGAAGCCAAAUGCUUCUCUGGCUUCCCUUGCAUUAAAUGUUAUGGGCAGCAACAAUGUCAUACACUUUAUGACCAGACAGCAUCAGAUAGAUGGCCUACACAUAUAGAGACAGAGGGAAGCUGUUUCGCUAGCUCACACGCUUUCUCCAGUGAGAUGAAAACACAGAGCGAUGACAGAAAAUGUAUUUUACGUGUUUUUUCAUUUUUCUAGGUAAAUGUUUUGGGGAAGCCUGCCUUCCCUUGGCAUCCGUGAAUACACUCCACUGCUUUUCAUUCUCCUGCCCAGAGACUAAUAGGAAUUGAUUUGUUUGAGCUCUCUGAGAGGAGGAAAUUACAGUUUACCCUCAUUUAGGCAUCAAUGACUGGAAAAAACUGCAAGCCAAUUGGCAAGAGGGGAAGAAAGUAAUUAAAGAAGCGCGAGAGAGAGAGAGAGAGAGGGGAAAAAGUGUGGUACUUUGUCAGUGUAUUUGUUUGAUCAACAGCACUCUCUGGUGGCCGUACAGGAAGUGAAUCUGAAGACCUCAGAGAACGGACCUUUAUGGCCUCAGAGCAAGACUGGCAUGUAAGUGGGGAAAGACUAACUUCAAAUCCCAUGAUGCAGUGUACUGUACUUUUGUACUGCUCCUCGUUUUAAAUGUGCUGACUGUGGAAAAAGGUCUCUUGAUACUUUGGAUGUCAACACAGAAUUUGCAUGGGUCAGCUAUAAUGUGUGCAAUUCAUUCUGAUAACAGGUGCAUUAACACAACAGUCUUUUGUGAGUCAGUGCCUGCGUGCAUGUGCACAAAUAUGUUUGAGGUAGAUAUGAUGCCAAAAUAUUAAAUAUUAUAGCCAAGUCCAGGUUUGACCAUUUGAUCACUGACAUUUUGUUCUGACCAACUCAGUGGCCUUGUUGUUUGAGUGUCCACCCUGAGAUUGGAAGGUUGGGAGUUCGAUGCCCUGCUGAGUCAUACCAAAGAUGGGACCCAAUGCGGCUCUGCUUGGCACACAGCAUUGAGGAGAUUGUGGGUAAGGCUCUGUGAUACAUUAGCAUCCAGGGGGUCCAUCAAGCUGCCUCAUGCUACAGAAACAGGAGAUAGGCUCCUGUUCCUAUGAGCCGUUCCAGCUUGCACACUCCAAGGCUCGUGCAAGGUUAAUGACUAAUUACUUACUAAUUGUGUUCUGAAUCCUGUUAAAUAGUCCAAUAGCACCAAGGACAGUCUUAGUGCACCAAUCCAACAACAAACUCCAGGCACUAAGUAGGGCACAAACACAGUCUUGUGUUACUUGCGUAUUGUUUGUGUUAUUGUCUAGGAACUGUGGAUGAUGAGGUGAUUUGCAUUGACAUCAGUCCCAUUGUAGAUGACCUUCUCCAGAACAAAGGUAAUUCUGUAUAUUAGGCAAAGUAUAGACGGGCACUCACUCCUCGCCAAUGGAACUCAGUGCAUGACCAGAGAGACUCAGCACAAGAGGUAAAAUACUUUAUUCAAUUCAAUAAUGUAACGGUAUAGGCUAAUGUAUUUCAUUAUACUAUCAACAGGUUAAACAAAUGUUAUUCAAUUUUUUGAGUAAAGUUUUCUAGGUUUUUGACAUUAUUGAGAAUGCCCUGAAGUAAAUAUUGUUUUUAGGAUUAAUUUACAUUUGAACCCAUUUCUAUUUUGAUAAAAAAAAUUGAUUAAUAGAAACUGAAUGACGUCUCCUGUCUCUGUCAGAUGUUACCUAUGAAAAUGAUGACAGGGACAGGCCUCUAUUCGCUCGCUUGCCUUCUCAUGAUCAGUAGUGUCCGUUCUACCUGUGUUCCUUUGGAGUGUCUGAGGUGUGACAUAAUCGCCUCACCUGAAGUGUCUGGGAAUCACAAAGCAGAUGAGGCCAUCUGUGAACACCUGUGUUCUAACACCACCCAAUGUCUCAAUACCACUGAUGUAGAGAAUUGCAUAAAAGAUUUUGAAGUUUUUCUGAACACCAGUUAUGGGUUUGAAGUGGAGGAGGGUGAUGACCUCACAAUGGAGUGUGCCCACGACCUACCGGUGAGAGUUCAUGACCUGCUGGUGUUUGUCUGGCUGAAGGAUGGGCUUCCCCUGGAGGGCGAGAACAAUAGCACGGUCACCUUGGAGAGGAUAGGCAUAGAUACCCCUGCCGAGGGGAAAUACACCUGCACCAUCCAGAGUCCCUGUGGCAACUUCACCUCAGAUCCAGAAGAACUUGAAUUUAAAGACCUGACAGUGGUGAUCAUUGUGAUCUGUGGUGUGUCUGCGGUGGUGCUGGUCCUGGCCCUGGGCAUGGGCAUCAAGAUCAUGCUGAAGAAGGACCUUGCGAAGACCAAGACCAGGAUGCAGCAGAAUACUCAGAACCUAUGGAACACCGCCAACACAACAGAGUAGGGUUUUCUUUUUCCCAAAAACUUAGCCAUUUUCUUCCUGUGAAAAUUGCAAGCCUUUCCCGGGCAUCCAUGUAUUCCCGUUAAAACAGGAAAGGCUUUUUAAAAGCAUAUAAUAUGAGCAAAGAAAAUCUGAUUCACUGUAAAUGGAGAAACAUACACACGUGUCUAACGGUUUCUUGCUCUAUUUGUUGCAAUUUAAAGGUCCAAUGCAGACGUUUGUAUCGCAAUAUCAAAUAAUUCCUGGGUAACAAGUAAGUACCUUCCUGUGAUUACUUUAAAUUAAAAUGGUAAAAUAGAUACAAAAUUAGCUUCUUACCAAAGAGCAAUUUCUCAAUCAAGAAUUUUGCUAGGACUGUCUGGGAGUAGUCUGAGUGGUGAGGGGAAACUGAAAAUGUGCUGUUAUUGGCAGAGAGGUUUGGAACUCUCUUUCUUAUUGGUCUAUUAACUAAUUUACUGCCUGGUGACAUCACCAGGCGGGUCAAAACUCAAACAAAAAAAAGGAAUUAUCAUAAUUUUCACAAAUUCACAGUUAUUCCAAACUCUAGGAAGUCACAUUUUUCACUGCACUAGGCCUUAAAUCAACAUAAAGUUCCCUCAAAGUCACCACACUAUUUCGUUGAUGUUGCCUAGUUUUAAUGUAGGUCUAUGAAGCACUGUUGGCCGACUGAUAAAAUAUUGUUACAGCCUAGUGAAAAUUACGGUCAUAACCAUGUCAUAAUAUGUCAUAAUAGCUGACAUAACUUGUCGUAACCUGUUAUAAUAUGCUAAUAACACUGCCGUGACACUUAUAUUUCAGCCUGUUGUGACAUAAUGUACACAAUGUAGGGUUGUCAGCUGUUUUGUUAACAGUGAGUAGCCACAAUUGAUAUUUCCAGCCUCUGCCAGUGCAACUUGGUCGGGAAAUCUCAUAAUACCAGUUACCGGUAAUAAACCCUACAACAGAAGUAUUUGGCUACUGACCAGGCCCAGAGAAACAUACAUACCCAUUCAGUUUUCACUUGUUUAUGCAUCUGUAUCUGUGCAUGUAGUAGACUUUACCUUGAGCCAGAAAGCAAAGGUUAAGUCCUCCAACAAACCUGGAUAUUUCUGUCUGUCUCAUUCCAGAUUUUCAAAGUACUUUAAAAAAGGAAUAACAAUGUUUAUUUUCUUGUAAAUGUAUUCAAUUCCAGCCUAGAUUAUUUUCACCCUCCACAACUAUUUUGAAUAUGUGUGUUUGUUCCAUCACUUGUGAGA